AUGGCCCCGCCCCCGCCAUUUCCGGCGCGACCCCGGAAGUCCCGCCUAGACGCCGGAAGCCGCCCGCCCUCACUUCCUCAGAGUCCUCCCCGGCCCCGACGCGGUGGGACGCACUUGGUUCCGGAGCGGGGCGAGCGGCGGCUCGGCCGUACGGACGCGGGGCAGCGCGGCGGCGGCGGGGCCACCGGGGGCGCGAGGGCCCCACGCGGGGCCAUGAACGGGACGGCCAACCCGCUGCUGGACCGCGAGGAGCACGUCCUGCGGCUCGGGGAGAGCUUCGAGAAGCGGCCGCGGGCGUCCUUCCAUACCAUCCGCUGUAAGUUUCCCGCGGGGACCCCUGCCCGCGCGCCCCAGGCUCCCCGAGCCUCGCCCCGGGACCCCGACUCGGGCCUCCUCCGCACCGUCCGCUGGCUUGACCCGGGUCCCGAGCUCUCGCCUCCGGGAACCCCGUCCCCUCUGCCCCUGGGACCCCUGCCCGGCUCCACGCCGCCCUUGACGGUGUUCAAGGGGAACAAGCGGCCCUAUCAGAAGGACUGUGUGCUCAUUAUCAACCACGACACCGGGGAGUAUGUGCUGGAGAAGCUCAGCAGCAGCAUCCAGGUCAAGAAGACGAGGGCUGAGGGGAGCAGUAAAAUCCAGGCCCGCCCCUCGCAGCCUCCACAGCCCCCUCCGCCUCCACCACCCAUGCCCUUCAGAGCGCCCACGAAGCCGCCCUCUGGCCCCAAGACAUCCUCCCCCGUGAAGGAUAACCCCUCUCCGGAGCCUCAGCUGGACGACAUCAAAAGAGAGCUGAGGGCCGAGGUGGACAUCAUCGAGCAGAUGAGUAGCAGUGACAGCAGCUCAUCGGACUCGGAGAGCUCCUCGGCCAGCGACGACGACAGCUCGAGCAGCGGGGCCGAGGACAGUGCCCCGGGCUCCCCACCGCAGCCCUUGCACCAGCAGCCCUACGGCAACCGACCCGCCGUGGCCAAUGGCACCGGGCGGCCGCAGGGCAGCAGCCAGCUCAUGAACACCCUCCGAAAUGACCUGCAUCUGAGCGAAUCUGGCAGUGACAGCGACGACUAG